AUGGUCAGGAGGGAGGGAAUUCCAGUGUUUGGGAGCCGAGCAGCUAAAGGCUCGACUUUCCACAGUAACAGAGGAGGAGGAGGACCGAAGAGAACGAGAGGGGGUUUUGAUAUGGAGGAGGUCAGAAAGAUAUGGAGGAACCAGGUUAUGGAGGACCUUCAAGGUUUCAGUCUUAAACAGGAGACGCUCUAUAAAAGAGUUGGAGAGGACGUCGUUUUACCGUGUAAUCUUCAUACAUCCUCUGACCAAUUCUAUGAUGUUAACUGGUUGUUCUACAGACCUGGGAAACCUGGUUUGAAACUAAUAAGCUGCAAAGAAAAUGUUGUCCAGAGUUCAGUUAGAGUGAAUGUGAGCAGUGACUGCUCUCUGCUCAUCAGAAACAUCACUGAUGAAGAUGCUGGAAAAUACGCCUGUCGGCUUGGAAAAAAUUACCAGAAUGAAGCUUCUGUGUAUCUUAAUACUUUCAGCAACUCUUCGUCUCCUUCAGAUGUUUAUGGAAGAGUCGACCUAACAUGCUCAUUAAAGAGUUUUAUUGGACCAAAUGUCUGUAAUGAAAACAGCAUCAUCUGGAUGGAUGAGACAGGAUCUCAACUGUCUGGUAAAAAUCCUGAGUUUGAGGUUAAAAAACAAACAAACUGUGUUUCUGUUCUGACUGUGAAACAUCAGAGUGGAAACAACAAAAGAUUCACCUGCCAGUAUGUUGAAAAUGAUGAAGUGAAGAUAGAUGCUGUCUACGUUCUAACAGACAUCAGUGGACAAACUAAACAUCUCUAUCAAAGAGUUGGAGAUGACGUCCUUUUACCUUGUGGAACUAAAUCCUCCUCUUCCUCAUGUUCUGAUGUUAACUGGCUGUACCAGAAAGAUCCAAAUGCAGCAUCAAUAACAGAAGUAAAGAAUGGAAAUGUUGUCCAGAGUUCAGCUAGAGCUUCCAGGCUGAGUGUGAGCAGUGACUGCUCUCUGCUCAUCACAAACAUCACUGAUGAAGAUGCUGGUCGAUUUCUCUGUCAGCUCGGGAACAAGAAUGAGUUUGAGGUGUAUCUUAAUACUUUGAGCAACUCUUCGUCUCCUUCAGAUGUUUAUGGAAGAGUCGACCUAACAUGCUCAUUAAAGAGUUUUAAUGGACCAAAUGCCUGUAAUGAAAACAGCAUCAUCUGGAUGGAUGAGACAGGAUCUCAACUGUCUGGUAAAAAUCCUGAGUUUGAGGAUAAAAAACAAACGAACUGUGUUUCUGUUCUGACUGUGAAACAUCAGAGUGGAAACAACAAAAGAUUCACCUGCCAGUUUGUCAAAGACGACAAAGUGAAGAUAGAUGCUGUCUACGUUCUAACAGACAUCAGUGGACAAACUAAACAUCUCUAUCAAAGAGUUGGAGAUGACGUCCUUUUACCUUGUAGAACUAAAUCCUCCUCUUCCUCAUGUUCUGAUGUUACCUGGCUGUACCAGAAAGAUCCAAAUGCAGAAUCAAUAACAGAAGUAAAGAAUGGAAAUGUUGUCCAGAGUUCAGCUAGAGCUUCCAGGCUGAGUGUGAGCAGUGACUGCUCUCUGCUCAUCACAAACAUCACUGAUGAAGAUGCUGGUCGAUAUCUCUGUCAGCUCAGGAACAAGAAUGAGUUUGAAGUGUAUCUUAAUACUUUGAGCAUCUCUUCGUCUCCUUCAGAUGUUUAUGGAAGAGUCGACCUAACAUGCUCAUUAAAGAGUUUUAAUGGACCAAAUGUCUGUAAUGAAAACAGCUUCAUCUGGAUGGAUGAGACAGGAUCUCAACUGUCUGGUAAAAAUCCUGAGUUUGAGGUUAAAAAACAAACAAACUGUGUUUCUGUUCUGACUGUGAAACAUCAGAGUGGAAACAACAAAAGAUUCACCUGCAAGUAUGUUGAAAACAAUGAAGUGAAGAUAGAUGCUGUCUACGUUCUAACAGACAUAAGUGGACAAACAAAACAUCUCUAUCAAAGAGUUGGAGAUGACGUCCUUUUACCUUGUAGAACUAAAUCCUCCUCUUCCUCAUGUUCUGAUGUUACCUGGCUGUACCAGAAAGAUCCAGAUGCAGCAUCAAUAACAGAAGUAAAGAAUGGAAAUGUUGUCCAGAGUUCAGCUAGAGCUUCCAGGCUGAGUGUGAGCAGUGACUGCUCUCUGCUCGUCACAAACAUCACUGAUGAAGAUGCUGGUCGAUUUCUCUGUCAGCUCAGGAACAAGAAUGAGUUUGAGGUGUAUCUUAAUACUUUGAGCAUUUCUAAAGAUCCACCAGAAGUUGAUCCAAGAGGAAAUGGAAGUGUCACAUUACAGUGUUCACUGAAUAGACAUGAUAAAACAAUUCUCUGUAAACAGAACAGCAUCAUCUGGGUGGAUGAGACAGGAUCUCACCUGUCUGGAGAAGGUGUUGGGUUUGAGUUUAGAGGACAAAGAAACUGUGUUUCUGUUCUGACUGUGAAACAUCAGAGUGGAAACAACAAAAGAUUCACCUGCAAGUUUGUUGAAGAUGAAGUGCAGAUAGAUGCUGUUUAUGUUCUGGACUUUUCAGAAUCUCCCCAGAGCAUCACAGUCAUCAUCAUUGGAGCUGUGGUCGGUGUGGUUUUGGUACUGCUGGUCGUCUUCAGCAUUCUUCUCUUCAGAAGCAGGAGAGCCAAAGUCACAGAGGAUCAGAAAAGAGGAACAAACUUUCAAAAGCAGACACUUCAAAAUACUGAGCCGCAAAGUGAGCAGGAGACUGAACUGACGUAUGCUGCUGUUGACCAUUCCAAACCAAAGGCUUCCUCUAAGAUUACAACUGAGCCGCAGAGUGAGCAGGAGAGUGAACUGACGUAUGCUGCUGUUAACCAUUCCAAACCAAAGGCUUCCUCUAAGAUUACAAUAAAGGAAGAAGGUGAGGUGACCUACUCUGCCAUUAAAAGAAAGUGAGAAGAAACAGUGAUGUCCGAGGUCUCCACAGCUGCCUCCUUUCAGCAGUGACUUCAGUACGGCUGAUGAUAAUGAUGACGACGGAACAUUUUUGUACAGUUUUAUUUUUACUUUGUGCUUAAAAUAAGAUAAAGAUAGAAAAACCUUAAUUUUUAGUUGAUCUUGCAUAUUUUUUUAAAUAUUUUUUUAGUUGAAGUUUGUUCUUUAUCAUGUUGUCAUAUCAGUUUUCUAAUAUCAAAGCAUUUAAAGAAUGAGAUCUUAAAGACAUACAUUUUACGAAAAUGUUUCCAAUUCACUUAACAGUGUUGAAUCAUCAUAAAAUUUGGAAUUAUGUCA